CCACCAAUUGUUUCCACCAGACAGCCGCAGCUGGACGCGCUCCAGAGGAGGGAAGGCGUGUGUGCGCGCCUGGGUCGUGUCGAAACAUCCGACGGCCGUCCGCAAGUUUUCAUAUGGACUUUUUGUCAGCCGCCUCUCGCCACUUCUUCAGCUAUGUGACCGCCAUGAAUAAGACUGAUCGCCGAAUGAGAGCAGAGACCCACACUUGGUGCCGAAAUGUCAAACGAGCGCAACAAAAGGAUCUUACUGGAACUGGCGAAGCUGCCGGAGAACAGCCGCUGCGCUGACUGCGGCGCGCCUGAGCCAGACUGGGCUUCCUAUAAGCUUGGUGUGUUUGUAUGUCUGAACUGCUCCGGGAUCCACCGCAGCCUCUCCAGCCGGGUCAAAUCCAUCCGGCUGGACUUCUGGGAGGACGAUCUAGUCGAGUUCAUGAAAUCCACCGGGAACGCGAACGCCCGCGCCGUGUAUGAGAAAGCCAUUCCACCGUACUACUACCGGCCCCUGGAAAACGACUGCAACGUCCUGAGGGACCAGUGGAUUCGAGCUAAAUAUCAGAGGAUGGAAUUCACAGGAGAAACCAAGUAUCCACCUCUGGCGUACACCACAGGUUUCCACGAAGGGAUCCUGUGGAAGAAAGGGAAAGAGAACAUGCAGUUUCUGAAGAGGAAGUUUGUGCUGUCAGAGCGGGAAUUCACCCUCAUGUACUACAACAAGGAAGAUGAGUCCAAAGGCCCCAAAGCGGUCAUCCCCAUCAAGGACCUGAACGCCACCUUCCAGCCACAGAAGAUCGGUCAUCCUCACGGGCUGCAGAUGACGUACCAAGAUGAAGAUAAAACCAGGAACCUCUUUGUGUAUCACGAGAGCCCUGAGGAAAUAGUAGUCUGGUACAACGCCAUUCGGGCCGCUCGCUACGCGUACCUGAAGACCGCAUACCCGACUGGAAGCGACGAAGAGCUGGUGCCAAAGAUAACAAGAAAUUACCUAAAGGAGGGCUACAUGGAGAAGACAGGGCCCCUGCAGAAGGAGCCCUUUAAAAAGCGCUGGUUUAUUUUGGACUCGCAAAACAGGAAGCUGCUCUACUUCAAAGACCUGCUGGAUGCAGAGGAGCUGGGGGUCAUUUUCAUCGGCACAGAGAGCAACGGCUACUCCGUGAGGGAGUGCGUCCCGAAGAGCGCGCGGGGCAACAAGUGGAAGUGCGGCCUCAUGGUGGAGACGCCUGCGCGGCAGUUUGUGUUCAUGUGCGAGCAGGAGAGGGAGCAGAAGGAGUGGCUCAGCGCCCUCAGGAAGGUGCUGUCCAGGCCCAUGUCGCCACAAGACUAUACAGUUGAAGCCCAUAUAAGGUAUAGGAGAUGAACCACAAAGUAUCGUAACAGCAUGAAGGAGGAGAAGACUGCAACCACGACCCGAAUGGCUGAAGCCCUGUCACUGCUCCGAAUCAGACAUGAGUGAAUAAUAACUUCCUGUUUAUAAGCUCACGCUGGCAUGUUGCUCCAUCAUAGGCUUAAAAAAGCCACAACGACAUUAUUUGAUAUUGUAUUGGUACUUGCUCCAAACUGCCAUGCUAAUGUGGCAUUUCUUUGUUUCUUAUUAUUUGAAUAAGAACUCUAAGAAUAUUUAUUUUGUAUAUGGCAUAUAACUGUAAAACUAAUGCAUUAAAUGAAAUUACUUCUUGAUAGUUGUGCUCGGAAAAAUAAGUGACUUUUUUUUCCCUAAAUAAGGUGUUCCUUGCCUGCUUUUACGGGCAAGAAGUUGAACGCUGAUGUAGUUUGCAGCAAUAUUUAUAAAUAUAAUGCAUUCCUAAAUUUUAGUGAAACAUAGUUUUGAGUCUAAUGCUUAGAAAAUAUCACAGCUAAGAAAUAAUUCAGACCAAAA